AUGAGCUUGCCAUUCAGUCCCAGCCAGAACAAAGCUCUGGUAGUGACAGAACGAGUCAACUCCUGCGUCUCGGUCGCUGCGAUGCUUUUUGUUUUCCUCACAUACUGGUUCGCUCGCGGGUUCGACAAGCCCAUCAACCGUCUCAUUUACUAUGCCAGCUUCGGAAACCUCGGGUCGAACAUUGCAGCCCUGAUUUCAUCAGCAGGCCCCCUUUCAGGAACUUCCUCGGGUCUGUGUCAGUUCCAGGCAUUUCUGGUGCAGAUGUUUUUGGGGGUAGACUGCUACUGGGCUCUUUUCAUGGCAAUCAAUGUCUACCUCGUCUUCUUCAAGAAUUACACAGUGGAGCAGCUGAAGUCUCUAGACAUUCUGUAUCUCCUCCUGGCCUAUGGGUUAUCUCUGAUUCCCGCUCUGGUUUUCAUAUUCAUCUCAACUGCAGGACGAGGCCGGUUGUAUGGAGAUGCAAUCAUCUGGUGCUGGAUCUCAGUCAAGUGGGACUUCAUGCGUGUGGUCUUCCUAUACGCCAUUGUUUGGGUGGCAUUUAUCGCAGCUUUCGUCAUCUACGGAAUGGCUGCCCGAGUCAUCUACCACAACAGAGAUAAGCUGGAAGGCUACCUGAACCCUUUGAAUGAAACCCCCUUCGGCAACGUCGUGACGGAGAUCAAAAUUACCCACGAUGAAAGACCGAUCAUCGAGGAUGCCUGCCCACAGGGUGUGACUGACAUCACUCCUGAUGGCCAGAACUACAAUAUUCAAAUUGAGGCCGAUGGUGCAAAGCCGACUGAUCCCGCGAUGUGGGAUGUCAUACGAGUUCGUGAAAUCACCAAAGCCGCUGCGCAGCAGGCUCAGGAUCAGGAAGCCUGGCUAUAUGCUCGUAUCGCAUUCAUGUUUUUCCUAGUACUACUUAUCACUUGGAUUCCGACCAGUGUCAACCGAGUAUAUACCCUCGUCAAGCCAAAUGCGAAAAACUUCGGUCUCAAUUAUGCAUCGUCGUUUGUCUUCCCUCUUCAAGGCUUCUGGAACUCCGUCAUCUAUGUCAUCAGUUCCCAAUCUGCCUGUCGGCGACUCUUCUCUGAAGCCUUCGGACAACGACGCCGCACGGCGCAUGCUGUCCGGAAAGCCAGUAUCACCCACGGCCACGACAUUUACAACUCCCAUGGAAAGCAACGACUGCAGAGCAUCUCCAGCUGGGGGGAUGAGCCCCCUCGAGAUAAUGUGGAACUCGACGUCCGUCGCUCAGGAAAGUCCGAGCCGGAUACUUGA